CACAAGGAAAUUUAUCGCAGGAAAAUUUCUUGACCGUUUCUUAAGCGUUUUUUCAUAUGAAGUUUUUACAUUACUUGAGAGCUGGAUACUAAGCUUAAGAGAUGAAUUAAGGGGCUAUACCAUUAUAAAAAUUAACCGAUUUUCGUGAUUUUUUUUUUUAAAGAAAGUACUAGAUUGAAUGUUUCAGCGUUCUAUGGACGUAAUAAAGUAUAUUUUUAGCUAUAUUAAAAUUUUUUUUUACAAAAAUAUUGAAUAUUGAAAUAACGUCUGCGGAAGUGCCGAAAAAAGUGCCUCAACUGCUGGCAUGAUUCCGGUUGAAUGAGUAGCUGAAACAAAAAUAUUCAAAAUGUUUAUUAAACCUAAAAACAUUUUCUAUACUAUGAACUACGAUCUUGAAAAAUAUCAAAAAUUAAGAAAAUGGCGUAAUUUUGAAAAAAAAAAUCGUUUUUUUACGAAAAAAAAUGGACGUUUUUUUAAUGCCAAAUUGACAAUUUCCAACCUAUCAAAAAGACGUAGUCCAUUAGCAAAUGUAUUCAACUAUACCUAGUUUUAAUUUGAAGUCGAUCGGUCAACUUCUCGUUGAGUUAUGACGUCAGCAAUUUUGAAAAAUGUCGUUUCGAGAAAAACGCGUUUAAGGCGGGUAUUGUCACUUGCGAAGCGAAUUUAUUUGGCGAAGCGAACGCUUUAGCGAACAUACCCCAAUUUUGCAUUGUGAAUGGCGAAUGAACGUAUUCGCUAAAAUACGUCGUUGCCAUUCAUGAAAAAAGUAGUGCGUUCAUCCGAAUUUGACAUUUGUGCCAUUUAUACUUAAAAAUUUUUUUAUUAUAUCAACUGAAAUUUGAAAAUAUGUUUAAUAACGCGGAUCUGUAUUUUGAAGAUAAUUACGAUGUGGAAACGCGAACUAAUCUUCUUCGACAGCGCCGUUUUAUUAGAGAUAAUUCUAAUCCUACAGAGCUACCUAACACAGUAUUCGUUGCGAAUUUCCGCUUGAACAAGGACGCAUUUAUGUAUGUGCUGGAUAAAAUCAAAGACAAAUUUCAUUGUCGGAUGUCGUCUUCCAUAACGCCCAUGUUAAAAUUGUGUGCCGCACUCAGAUUUUUUGCACAUGGCAGUUACCAACAAGCUAUAGGGAAUGAAUUUCAGUUGGGACUUGCUCAACCAACAGUUUCCCUUAUUUUAAAAGAGAUCAUACCCAUUUUGGAAAAUGAAAUUUGUCGUACCCAUAUAAGCGUAGAUAUGAGUGAAGAAGAAAAGCAGCAGGCAAGGAGCAAAUUUUAUUCAAGAUCGGGAAUACCAAAUGUAAUAGGCUGCAUCGAUGGAACCCAUAUCGCGAUUUAUGCUCCUACCACAAACAAACACCUCUAUCUAAACAGAAAAGGAUUUUUUAGCAUAAAUGCAAUGAUUGCUUGUGAUCAUGAUAUGAAUAUCCGUUUUGUGGAUGCUAGAUACGCUCGUUGUACACACGAUUCGUUCGUAUGGAACAAUAGUUCUCUAAAGGCAUGUUUAGAGGCAGCGCAUCAAAAUGGAGAUCAGAACUCUAUUUAUUUAGGUGACUCCGGAUACCCACUAAGCCCUUAUUUAUUAACACCUUUCCGUCAUGCAGAAUCUGGAACUAGGGAGCCAAUUUUUAAUAAGAAGCACGCGAAAGCGAGAAAUGUUGUUGAACGUACGAUUGGAGUUUUGAAAUGCCGUUUCAAAUGUCUUCUGAGUGAUAGAAAAAAUGCGCUACGAUCCUGCUAAAGUAACAUCCGUUAUUAAUAUAUGCUGCGCCUUGCACAACAUUUGUAAAAAAUUUAGAAUCGGUGAUCCGGAGGAGGCUGAAACCUUCUUUGAUGCCGUUGUACCAUUGGAACCAAUUAAUGAAAAUGGCAAUGGUU